AUCACCCCCAAAGCCCUGCCCCCAGGAGGCACAAUAGCCUUCCUCUCCCCCUCGGCACGAAUGCACGAAUCCCACCCCCUCCCCACCCAGCGCGCCACCCAAGCCCUCGAGGCCCAGGGCUACAAGGUGAAGACCAUCCACCACCCCGAGGACCCAGCCACCACCACCAUCGCCAGCCACAUCGAGACCCGCAAGCAGGAGCUCCUCGCCGCCUUCGCAGACGACUCCGUGCACGCCCUCGUCUGCAUGGUCGGCGGCACCACCCUCACCGAGCUCGUCCCCGCCCUCCUGCACGACCAGGCCGCCCUGCGCCUCAUCCGCGCCCACCCCAAGAUCCUCGUCGGCUACAGCGACAUCACCAUCCUGCACUGGCUGCUGUACACCCAGUGCGGCCUGCGCACCUUCUACGGCCCCACCGUCGUCCCGGAGCUGGGCGAGGCGCCCCGCCCCGACCCGUACUCGCUCCGCCACCUCCUCGACGCCAUCGCCCGCCCCCACCAGCCCGUCGGAACCAUCCGCCCCGCUGCCUCGUGGCGCACCGCCAACCCGGCCUACUUCGCCGACCCGGCCUCCCUGGCGCCCGCCCCGUACGCGCCCAACCCGGGCUGGACGUGGCUGCGUCCCGGACGGGCAGAGGGCCGUAUCUUUGGCGGCUGUUUGUCGCUCGUCGUCAGGCUGGGCGGCGUGCGCCAGCUCAACCCAGACUGGCACGGCCGCGUCGUCUUUCUCGAGACCGCCAUGGCCGAGUCUGAUGAGGACAAGGGCGUGCCGGUGGAGAGGAUCCGGUCCCAGCUGGCGGAUCUGGUGGCGCAGGGCAUCUUUGAUCGCGUCGCCGGUGUGGUCUUUGGCCGCUUCUUUGGCUAUGGGGAUGAGCAAGGGAGGAAGGUCGUGGAGAAGCUCGUGAGGGAGGUGCUGGUCGAGAACGAGUGGGUGCGGAAUGAGAAGUUUGGCGCGUUUCCCGUCUUAAUGGGCGUGGACUUUGGGCAUACCAGUCCUAUGAUUACGAUUCCCAUGGACGCAACUGUGAAGUUGGACUCGGAGCAGGAUGCUUUUGAGAUUCUGGAGCCGGGUGUGUUAUAG